AUGCGUCCCUCCUUCUUGACUACCCUGGGGGAGGAGGUGGAGGAUUCUGUGCUGCGCACCAUGGUGUCCAUAGUGCUCAAGCGGCCGAGGGAGAACCCCCACAUGGCCCUGGUAGCUGCCCUGCCCAGCAGAGACCUAUCCUGGAAGCAGUGCAAACUCCGGGCGCGGGGCUACUGUGGCCUUCCUGAGCCCUCGCUAGAGAUCCCCAUGUGCGAGGUGGAGCAACUGCUCCUGUCCUUCAUUGGGAAGAUCAACCAAUCCUACAUGACUACUCAAGAAAAUAAAGUUGUCAGAAAUGUUAGGAGUCAAAGCAGCCAACAUGAUGGAUGGGGCGUAUGUGAGCGAAUCACCUUCCACAGCCAGAGGAAGAACCGCCUCCACCUGCGUCUAACCGAGGUGGACCCGUUUGGGAACAACAGCACGCCCCACUACAAAGGGAUGGCCGUCUUCCACAAGAUAACCAGGGAUCAGCUGGAGUGGAGAGAGGACAAGGCUGUGAGUUACAACAAUCUUUCCUCUCCUCCACAUCCCCUGUUCGACUCCACCCUGUACUGGCUCUCUGAGGAGCUCUCAGAGGAAGAUGCAGCCCUGCUGGUCCUCUCCUUCCGCCUGCGCUGUAGCUCCAUCCAGUUGGUGAGGCUGCAGGCCCCAGACAGCCUGGCCGCUCAGGCCUACCACGUCAUCGGUCUGUGGAGGAGGGGGCUCCCUGCUACCCCACACUCAGCCUAG